AUGUCUGGGGUUUGGGCGUUCAAGGACGGUGUCGUUCGACUUGUGGAGAACGACAAGGAUAACGCCGCGGAGUACCACGGCAAGAAAAAGCUAGUCCACGUGCCCUCGAAUGAGGUGAUGGCAUCAUACGAUAUGUUGCAGAGUAAAUUAACGGAGCUUGGAUGGGAGAGGUACUAUGAGGAUCCUGGACUUCUGCAGUUUCACAAGAAAUCAACGAUUAAUCUCAUCUCUCUCCCCAAAGAUUUCAACAAGUUCUGGCCUGUGCACAUGAACGACAUCAUCGUCAAGAAUCCAAAUGUGUUUGAAGUUAGAGAUGUUGAGUGA